UUUCAAAAUGUUAAAUCGAUUAUUUAUUUAUAAUUCACCAUCAUCAUUGUACAAUCAAUUCAUACGACCAUUGACAUUGUCAGGUAUUCAAUUACGAUCGGUUUCACAAUCAUCAUCAUCAUCAUCAACAACAUCUCCAGGUGUUGAACUUCAAACACGAAUCAACGAAUUAUUGAAUAAAUCAUUUCCAGAUGCACAGGAAAUUAUUGUUAAAGAUAUAAGCGGUGGUUGUGGUUCAAUGUUUGAAGUAUAUGUUGCAUCUAUGGAUUUUCAAGGAAUGUCCAAAGUGAAACAACAUUUAACCGUUUCCAAUAUUUUAAAAAAUGAAAUUCGAGAUAUGCACGGAAUACGGAUAUUCACCGAAGUGCCACCGAAAUCCGAUCUAUGAUUUUAUUUAAAUUUUAACGAAAAAAAAAAUCCACUGACCAACCAACGAAACGGAGCCUGGUUUUUUUCAAUGCUCAAAUAAUAAAAACAGAUUAAUUUUUUUUCCUUUUCCGAUCGAAUUUAUCCACAUCCCAUUUUCAAACAAAAAUAAUAUAUAGCUGUGAUGAUUAGUAAAUGUGGAUUUGCUUGAAUGAAAAAUGAAAGUAUACUUGCUAUUUUUAAAUUAAUAAAUCAAUAAAUGUUCAACCGGUAAA